UACAUCAGCUGAUCCAUCACGUGGUCUGAUGUCGUGGGUCACCCUUUUGCAAAAUGGAGUUGUCUGAGUCCGUGCAGAAGGGGCUACAGUCUUUAGCAGACCAGUCCGUCUUCGACCAUAGCAGCUUCCAGGUGCUGGUAGACGUGUCUUUCCGGAGUCUGCUUUCCUCUCACGGCGACCCUACAGUCCUCGAUCAGCCCGAGCUGAAACAGGUCGACCAAAUCCUGCUGAAGCAGAGCCACACGGCUGCGACCACCUUCAUACUGGAGGCGGUCAAACAAAACGCAGACAAGUCCACCAUAAGUUCCAGCCUUGAAGAGCUCACAUUCAGCGCAGAGCGGAUAGAAAUCUUCUAUAGCGCCUAUCAGAAACAUAAAAAAGAUCUGGAGCGUCUUUUAACAAGCAUAGGAAGGCGUCUGCCUCACGUUAACGACGUUUCGUGGCGCCUGCAGUACCACAUGAAGAAUGCACAGGUGGACAAGGUCAAUGAGCCUUUCUACUUGAUAUCAUUGAACACUGAGAAUGAAGGCUCCUCAGAGGACAUCAACUUUAGCUGCACAGUGGAGCAGCUACAGGAUUUGGUGGGGAAGCUGAAAGACGCUGCCAAAAGCGUGGAGAAAGCCAGUCAGAUGUGAUGGCAUGGUCUCCAGUUUCCUCGCUUCCAGCGUCAUUUGUUCAUCUCUUUACAGCUUCUUUUAUACCUGCGACUGACGUGUCAUAUUUGAGAAUUGUUCAUCCAACAAGUGUGUUUAAAAGAAAAAUAAAUACUCCUUUGUUCUUUGAGUCA